GCAAACAGCUUCCAGCAUACACAGAAGUCGUUUGCGAGUGAAGCUGUGCGGAGGUCUCUCUCCCGUGUGCUGUGCCGGCAUUUUUUCAAGUUUUGUUGAGUGUUGUGCUGGCCAAGAUAACAUAUUGAGGAAAAUAUUCAGUGAAUAUCGGUGGUACUUGAGUCAAUUUCCCGUUUGUGUCGACUGUCGGUGCGACUUUGAAAGAAGACUUCUUGUGAAGUUUUUGUGAAAAGUGUGGUCUUUAAUGGCUUCAGUAUAUAUUCCUGCUUUUAGAUCUGCCAGGAAGAUCCUGAGUGUGCAGCAUUGCUGCUCGUGCAAGGCAGUUCGACAUGUGUCAUUCAACAAAACAUUCAAGUUCGAGGACAUGGACAUGGAGCUGGCCACGCCGGACCAGCUGAAGCCGAAGCCGCCCGUCUCCAGCCUGGUGUUCGGCAAGCACUUCACCGAUCACAUGCUGACAAUCGACUGGUGCGCGGCCAAGGGCUGGGCCAACCCGCGCAUCACGCCUCUCCAGCCACUGGCCAUCCACCCGGCCGCCAAGGUCCUCCAUUAUGCCCUUGAGCUGUUUGAGGGCAUGAAGGCGUACCGGGGUGUGGACGGCCGUAUUCGUCUGUUCCGGCCGUCGCUCAACAUGGAGCGGAUGAACGCCACGGCACAGCGGGUGGUGCUGCCCAACUUUGACGGAGCCGAGCUCACCAAGUGCAUCAAACGCCUGGUGGCCAUCGACCAGGAGUGGGUGCCCCACUCGACCGCCUCUAGUCUCUACAUUCGGCCGACGCUUAUCGGCACGGAGCCGACACUGGGCGUCUCGGCGUCCAACAACGCGGUGCUGUACGUCAUCCUGGGCCCGGUCGGCCCGUACUUUGCCUCGGGCUUCAAGCCGGUCUCACUGCUGGCCGACCCGGCGUACAUCCGCGCGUGGCGCGGCGGCUGCGGCUUCGCCAAGAUGGGGGCCAACUACGCGCCUACCGUUAUGGUGCAGAAAGUAGCCGAGAAGCAGGACCUCCAGCAGGUGAUGUGGCUGUACGGAGAGGACCACGAGAUCACCGAGGUGGGCACCAUGAACAUCUUCUGCUUCCUGACCAACGAGCAGGGUGACCGGGAGCUGGUGACGCCGCCGCUGGACGGCGUCAUCCUGCCGGGAGUGACGCGCCGCAGCAUCCUGGACCUGGCGCGCCAGUGGGGAGAGUUCACCGUCUCCGAGCGCCGCCUCACCAUGGGAGAGUUCGUCAGGGCGUCCGAACAGGGCAGGGUGAUUGAAAUGUUCGGCGCCGGUACGGCCUGCGUCGUCUGUCCCGUGGAGCGGGUGCGGUACAUGGACCGCGACAUUGUCAUCCCGACGCCGGACGGAGACGCCUCGCUGGCCCACCGGAUCCUCAGCACUCUCUCUGACAUACAGUACGGACGUGUUGAGCACCCGUGGAGCGAACCGAUCGACUGAGCUGCGCCGGCCGGGCCGCGGUGGGUCCGCCGGCGCGCUGCGAUACAGCUGCACCGCGCCGGGAGUGGUAGGACCGUCAGCGGAUGGAGGGGACGGCAGGCUGCGGCUCGGUAGGUAGCGCUCAAUAGGCCGGAUUCUGGUAGAGAGGGCCAAGUGCGGCCGCUCGGCGCUCACACUGUGAGCAGGCCGGCGGCCGGCGGCUGUGAGAGCGGCAGCUGUUCUCACCGCGUGAGAGCGGGAGCCGCGUAACGUGCAAUACUGUGGGACGGACGGCGAGAACGGGUCAGGAGUGCAGGCGGAGGCGUUUUACCGGAGCAGGGAGGGGCGGUCGGUCGGCCGCCCGCGGGUACCGGCGGCACCUGUGUGGCAGAACCGGAAUAGUCGGCAACCAGCCGCGCAGAAAUGCUCAUAGUGUUAAUACUCGCAGCCAACGUUUUUCCUUUUGGAUUGUGACCUCUAGUGCCGCGUGAAUGCCAUUGGAUGCCAGGUCUGCCAGAUGCCGAGUGGGCAGCACGCUCACGAACUUUUCUCGAGUGCGAGUCGAGAGACUGUAUAUCUCAGCGCGAGACUGUGAACAAAUUGAUGGAGCUGAAUCCUUUGUCGUCGUAGUCUUGGCAUUGACUUUUUGUAGCAUUUUCGUUGUAGAU